CAGCAGCCCCGCGUGAUCUCAUAAUCUGAAGGAGCCGCGCGGGCCGGUAUCUCACCGGGUUUUGCACAUUCAGAUCGCGAUUCUCCUCCAGCAACCCUGAACGUCUGUCCGUUUUUAACAACUUAUCACCUCCUCCCGGAAAUCGGUCAAUGUUCAUUAUUUAUUGAGUCAAGUUGACUGUCACUUUCGAAGGACUUAUCGAAGUUUAGUAAAAAUCAGUUCCUCUCAGGGUCUUGGGCCCUUGUGUUGUGCGGUAGGAAAGAGGACUACUGACAGUUGUCAAGUUUUGUGUUUGUGCUGUGAUUGGUGCUUUUCUCUCUAGUUUAUUAAUCAAUUGACUUCAGUCGAUAGCCGCGAUUACCCACAAGUCACUGGUUACAUACAAUCUUUGUAUUCAACAACAGAAUAGUACGCUGAUGGGGAAGUAAAACGUCUAUGUGGCUUUAGUCACGUGGAAGUUUUCCUACCGAUGAUACUAAAGUUUUUUGAAUAGUGGAUGGCGCUUCGGACAAUUGGAAAUAAUGUUAGGAUCAGUUCUUCUAGUGAUAACCUUAAUCUGAAAAGAGGCAGGUUAUGGAGAUGAAAAGUGCUAGAAGCAAGUAUAAAAGUAUGUGCUAGUCACGUACUGCCUGAGAUGACGGAGAUUUCGAUGCCGCAUUGAGGAAGAUUGAUUCAAGGGGAAAUUAAGAAAACGGAACUGCGAAGAAAGCCAUUGACAUAUCAAUUGAAAAGUGAUACAGAUGUCAGCCGUAGCACCAGCUGGUCCCGGCACCACGGGGCCGAAUACGAACGGUCCGAUCGUGCCAUCACCAGUGUUUGCCUUGCCGACGCUGUCCUUCACUGUUGGUCAGGUAGCGUCGGUGUGUGAGACUCUAGAGGAAAGUGGCGACAUUGAGAGGUUGGCAAGGUUUCUUUGGAGUUUGCCAGUUGCACAUCCGAAUAUUCAGGAGCUAAACGAGAGUGAGGCAGUUUUAAGGGCGAGGGCCAUUGUGGCGUUUCACGCGGGGCAUUAUAGAGAACUCUACGCCAUCCUCGAGAGGCACAAGUUCACCAAAGAUUCACACGGUAAGCUACAGGCGAUGUGGCUUGAGGCGCACUAUCAGGAAGCGGAAAAGUUGCGCGGCAGACCGCUUGGUCCCGUUGACAAGUACCGAGUAAGAAAGAAAUUUCCUCUGCCCAGAACCAUAUGGGACGGGGAGCAAAAGACUCAUUGUUUUAAGGAGAGAACCAGGUCGCUUCUGAGAGAGUGGUACCUUCAGGAUCCAUACCCGAACCCGGGAAAGAAGAGGGAACUUGCUGCAGCUACGGGGUUAACACCUACGCAGGUUGGAAACUGGUUCAAGAACAGGAGACAGAGAGACAGAGCUGCUGCUGCUAAAAACAGAAUGCAGCAACAAUCCGGACCCGGAAAUGGAAGUUCUCGUAGAGCUAUGAGCCCAGGUCCAGGAGGGUCCGAUUCAGAAGACUCAGAUAUUUCGCUGGGCGGAACGUCGCCUCCGUCUCCAAGUUCUUCGCCACAAACAAUUCAUCAGGCCUCGCCGGUUCAUCAGUUGAGCCACCUAGGGCCGAUUCCACAGCCGACACUAAACUUCCGCUAUGAUCCAACGCACUCGUCUUUCCGGUUUGGACACGCGACAGCUUUCAAGUUUCCGCCGUCUGGUUUUCGAUUUGCACCGCACAGUCCGCAACACAAUCACCCAAGUAUCGCGGGUGGUGGAAUCUUCAGGCUUGCGGAGACGAGUCCCUUCCAGGCUGUUGGUCCCCGAGGAGACCUUGGGUCCAGAUUACCGGACACUCUUGGCCUACCUCCACCAAGGUUACUUCCUCACGAAACUUUGCUCCACCAUCCGCUCCAUCAAUUACCGGAAAGUAUUUCGAGGUUAUCCGAAACGUCGCGUUUAUCCGAUGGGGGAAUAUCGAGACUAUCGGAUAGCUUGUCGGAAGCCCAUAGUCCUCCUCUAGUAGCAACAAAUCUGUCGGUAACGGGACCACUGAGAGUAGCAGUUCCGAGCCCUCACACGCCGUCCUCUCGUGGUAGUCCGCCUUCCAAUCAGCACACACCUAAGGGCCAAGGGCUGAUAAGAGUCGCGACGCCACCGAUCAAUCCAAAGCCCCCACAAAUUCACAGGCCGUUUUCGCCAGCGUGAUACGAAAGGUCGAACGAUGUCGAUGAUGCGAAAGGUGAGAUUGGAUCUAUGAACUCGGACAAGGACGAGAGAAUCGAUUUCAAGAAAUGCUUUGAAGUGCUGUGAACUCGCAAUAUUGGGGGCUGCGACUGUACAUAAAGAGAAUAUCUAAACGCACUACCCAAGAUAGUAUAAUAUUUCGAUGAUGUCUUCUGCCCUGGAAGUUGAGGAUCUACUGUCAAGUAGACUGAAAAGAUGUUGCCGUGUAUAUAAAAGCAUAGUCUUAGAGAGGAUGUGAAUCGUCUACAGUAACCUCGUUCAUAUUGACAUAAAUAAGAGAAUAUCUGAUUAGAAGAUGUAAUAUUAUACCAUUUUCGUAGAAAGUAUGAAUGUUCUUAACGUUUGUGUUUCGAUGAAAUAGGAUUUUUAUAUUUUUGGCCUAAUUAAGUUGACGAUAGAGCGCUAGGUAAUCAAUAAAUCGAGUAAAAAAUUCUAUGCUUAUAAAAAUAAAUAUUCUUUACACCUUCAGUGUAAGUUACUAUUGUAACUAUUCGAAAUUAACCACUUCCAUAACAUAAGCUUUAAGCAAAUGUAUCUAGCAUACAGUUCAAUUUUUAACUCAAGUAAUUAAUUAAUUUUAGCUUUCAUCUGUCCGCAAAGGUCAAAUAAUUUUCAUUUAAACUGACUGUUCCAUUACGCCUUCAUGUGUGCCCAUGCUGUUAACAUUUUUAGCAAUUUCCACUAAAUGUGUAUAAUAACUUUGCAUUAUGUUUAUCUAUAAAUUUGUUCCAUUAUAUGUAUAAACGAGUUGCUUUUUCUAACCUUGCUGUUUGUUUAUUCUAAUGCAGAAUUGAAGAAAUAAUUAUUGGCAAGGCCUUUCAUGAUAUGUCAAAAUUGUAGAGAAAGAAUUUCUGGUACCACUGACAAUGAAUAAUGGAAGGCUAUAUUUUUUUGUGAUACAUUAAAGAUUAUGUCUAAGAUGAUUCAUAAAAGCCGAGUUAUAUGCAAAAUUGAAACGCACAUAUUUAUUCCUUAUCACUAAACAAAUUUAUUUUCUUAUAAAGUCUCACCAAAACUUAAAGUACCGCAUCCUACGCAUAAAUUAAUUAAAUUACACUUCUCUUAGAUCAAUUAGACUUGGCAUUUUGCCUAAUUUUUGAACUUAUUUUGUCAAAGUUUCGAAAACUUUACUAAUAUGUGGGUAACGCGAGGUAAAUUUCGUUAUGCAUCAAAAAGCUGUAUCAGCAAUAUCGUUAAAAAUGAUGUAACGAAAUAAAUCCUAAACGAUUUGCAUCAUCCUCUUUAAUUGUAGAUAGACACCUAGCAAAAUUCUAGUAUAAUCAAUUCUAUAAAUAUGAACAUAUAUAAAUAUUAUACAUAGAUACUCAUGCAACUGUGACUAAGAUGAAAUUAUACAUAUA